AUGGCAGGUACCUAUGGCGUUGUUUAUAAGGCAAGAGAUACAAGUACGAAUACCAUCGUCGCCCUGAAGAAGAUCAGGCUCGAGGCUGAAGACGAGGGCGUUCCCAGUACUGCCAUUCGUGAGAUCAGCUUGCUCAAAGAGUUGAAGGAUGACAACAUCGUCAAGCUGCUGGAUAUCGUUCAUGCGGACCAGAAACUGUACCUCGUUUUCGAGUUCUUGGACGUCGAUCUCAAGAGGUUCAUCGAAACUGGGAACCAGAACCGCUCUCCCAUUACUCCUGCGCUCGUCAAGAAAUUCACCCACCAACUGAACUCUGGCCUUCUCUACUGUCACUCGCACCGAAUUCUCCACCGAGAUCUGAAGCCCCAGAACCUCCUGAUCGAUAAACACAACAACCUCAAACUAGCUGAUUUCGGUCUUGCGCGGGCUUUUGGUAUCCCCAUGCGAACCUAUACGCAUGAGGUCGUUACUCUCUGGUAUCGCGCACCCGAGGUCCUCCUUGGUUCGCGCCACUACUCAACCGCUAUCGACAUGUGGUCCGUUGGCUGCAUCUUUGCAGAGAUGGCCAUGCAGGGCGCUCCUCUCUUCCCUGGCGAUUCAGAGAUCGACCAGAUCUUCAAGAUCUUCAGGCUCUUGGGUACCCCCAACGAGGACAUCUGGCCUGGUGUCAGCACGCUUCCCGAUUACAAACCUACCUUCCCUAACUGGAGCCGGCAAGACCUUGCCAAGGCCGUUCCCACUCUGGACGAGGCGGGCAUCGACAUGUUGAAGCGCACCCUCACCUACGAUUCGGCCAAGCGCCUCUCUGCCAAGCGCGCACUCGUCCAUCCAUAUUUCGCCGACUACAAUAACAACUACAAGGCAUGAACGAGCAAAUCCACAAGUGUCACUGUUCCCCUUCUGCCUCACAUGUCGAAAUAAUUUGGGCUUUAGGACCUCGGUUUCGGUAUCGAGUGUCUCUUUUCAUCACAGUUAUGAAGAUAUAUAUAUAUAAGUUGUGCAUAUCGCUUUCUGAUCGCUGUCCAUCCCAUCGUACUCAUAUCAUCGCAAAUGCAUGUUUGUGAUCACUGU